AUGGAGGAAGAUGAGAUGGAUUCGCUGUUUGAGGGGAUGGUAUUGUUUACCCCUAACAACAGUACCAAUAAAUCCGAAUUGGAUUUGGAGACACACAAUCGCCAUGAUCUUGUUAAUAAUCAGCCUCAACAACUACCUCUGCAACAACAACAUGAUUAUGCUCAAGAUCCAGCCGCCGUUGAAUCUCACCAACCACCAUCUUCAUCCUCCUCUGAGCCCCUCGACGAAAACCUCUUCUCCGACCUCACACUCCAAUUCCAAACCCCAACCCAAACCCAAGAAGAAGAUGUUGUCCAAAUCCCAACAUCAAAGCCAACACCAACACCAACACCAAAAACAACAUCCAGACACAACUCUACUUCCAGACGAAAAAAGAGGGCUGCUGGCCUCCGCAUCGGAUACGCCCGAUCCAAUUCCAAUUCCAAGGUCGACGAUGAUGUCGAUGAUGUCUAUGUAGAUGAUGACAAUUCCCUUCCCUUGCCCCCCAUCAGCAGCACCCCAGUGGGUCCCACCACUCUACCAUCAGUAUCAGUAGAAGAACAAGUAGUGGUAGCAAAUGACCAAGUAGAAGCCCUUCCCGAGCUACGGUUGGAUCAGAGCAAGGCCCUGAUCGCCGACAAGCUCAACCGUACUCGCCAAUCAGCCGCAUCCGUCUCUGUUUCUAGGAAGGACGCCAUUGCCAGGAGAAGGGCUGCCGCUGACCAUCUCAAUUUGGCUUCCCUCGAAUAUGCCAAUCUCGAGAAGCAGCUCGAAGAGGCCUGCGAGGCUGAGGAUUUCGACACUGCCCAAAGGCUUAGUGACAGCCUUGCUGCUGCUCAAAAACAGAAACAGGCUCUCCUUGAUGCACUCAGAGAUGCUGAGGCCAAUUGCGAUGAUCUUGACUCCAAAAUGCACCACCUUCUCCAAUCCCAGAUCGCCGCCGAAGAAGAAUGCGCCUCCCUGCUUCAACGCUUUGCAACGGAUGCUUCGAAUGAUGCAGAUUUGGUCUUGCAAACAGCAGAAGCACACUCUUCAAAAGAAACCGACGAAUGGCUUUCGUCAACUGAAGCCUUGCAAGCCAAGAAAAUGGAAUUGGAGAUUGAAUCCCAUAUUAUCCAUGAUGCUGGACUUUCCUUGAACACUUCCAUUGACACUUUAGUGGAAGAUGACAAGCUAGAGAAAGAAUGUCUCUGUAAGAAAAAGGACAUUCUCAUGGACGAACUGGACAAGCUACUUGCUUUGGUCAAACGCAAGGAACAGGAGAUUGCACAAAAUGAUCAUGACAUCAAACAAGUUGAGGAAAGGAUUGAUCGUGCUCUCUCUGACUUCCAGGACAUGCAAUCCAACAUUCAGGCCAAGUCUAGCGACUUGCAAGCAGGCCUUUCUCAGAUACAUGCAGAGACCGAGGCUCUCUCAACAAAAAAGACGGAAAUCAAUGCCUUCCUCACUCAGGAACAAGAGAGGGAAGCAAAGUUGAGGGAACUGGCUAGGGCUUCUGCAGAGGAAGCAGAGACAUAUCAGCAAGUUGCUACCCUUAGAAAAACUCUCAUGUCCUCUAUUUUGAAGUCCAGGGAAGAUAAGGUCAGGCUUGCAAAGACUGAGGAGGAGCUUUCCAAGGAUGUUCAAAUGCUCCAACAGGAUGUAUCUGCCACAAGAGCUACAUUACAGGAACUGUCUUCCAAAAAGUCAAGCAUUCAGCAAGAUAUAGCAACCUCUAAGCAGAAAAUUCUUUUCAUAGACAAAAGAGUCCCAGAGCUCGAAGCAGAAAAGAAAGUCGCAGCCACUGCAAGAAACUUUAAGGAAGCUGCACGGCUAGCUGCCGAGGCCAAGUCAUUGAAUGUUGAAAAGGAUGGCAUACAGAUUGACAUGGAAAGAGCCAUCUUAGAGCUUGAGAAGCUCGAGCAAGAGAUAAAAGAGACUGUUAACAGAUUGCAGGAGACUGAGGGGCAUAUUCAAUCCAAGGAAAAAGAGGUAGCAACGGCUAGGUUUGAGAGGUUGCUUCUGAUAUCUGGUAUUGCUAAAGCAGAACGAGAAGCUGCUCUGGAGUUGGGCGACCUUGAAGAAGCAAACCUUCUGCUUGCAGAGGCUGAAGCAGCAGAUUCUGAAGCAAAAAAGCUUCAACCGAUAUACAAUCUCAAGUUGGAAGAGGUUGAGAGUCUACCAAAGCACUUCAUCUCCAUGGAGCUUAUAUCCAAUCUUGGGAGGAAACAGUUAGAAGAUUUGGCAGCAUCAGUUCAACCUUCUCAGGAAUGA